AUGAAAGUCCGUUUUUUUUUUUUUCUGUCGGCUGCAUCCAAAGUGAAAGCGCCGUCCGCCCUGCAGGGCCCUCCGCAGGCACACCAGUUCAUCUCUCUUCUUCUCGAGGAGUAUGGCGCCCUCUGCCAGGCAGCGCGCACCAUCAGCACCUUCCUCGGCACGCUGGAAAAUGAACACUUGAAAAAGUUCCAGGUGACAUGGGAACUGCAUAAUAAGCAUCUGUUUGAAAAUCUGGUCUUUUCGGAGCCACUUCUCCAGAGCAACUUGCCAGCACUGGUGUCGCAGAUCAGGCUGGGAACCACGACACAUGACACGUGCAACGAGGACACGUACAGCACCUUGCUGCAGCGGUACCAGCGCUCCGAAGAGGAGUUGCGCAGGGUGGCCGAGGAGUGGCUGGAGUGCCAGCAAAGGAUCGAUGCCUACGUCGACGAGCAGAUGACAAUGAAAACGAAACAGCGCAUGCUGACGGAGGACUGGGAGCUUUUCAAACAGAGGCGAUUCAUUGAAGAGCAGCUGACCAAUAAGAAAGCAGUCGCCGGUGAGAACAACUUCACGGACGCCAUGAGGCACAUGCUGUCCUCCCGGCUGAGCAUGCCCGACUGCCCCAACUGCAACUACAGGAGAAGAUGUGCUUGUGAUGACUGCAGCCUCUCACACAUCCUCACUUGUGGUGUCAUGGACCCCCCCGUCACUGGCGACAUCCACAGUCACCAGCUGCCCCUCCAAGUGGAUUCUGCUCCCGACUAUCUCACUGAGAUGCGCCCACCUAGCGUGUCCUCAGCAAGCUCAGGGUCAGGUUCCAGCUCUCCCAUUACAAUUCAGCAACAUCCCAGACUCAUCCUCACAGACAAUGGCUCUGCACCAACUUUUUGUAGUGAUGAUGAAGACGUUGCACCACUGUCAGCUAAAUUUGCUGAUAUUUAUCCACUGAGUAACUACGAUGAUACUGAGGUGGUGGCCAAUAUGAAUGGAAUCCACAGCGAAUUGAAUGGUGGCGGGGAAAACAUGGCUCUGAAAGAUGAGUCCCCUCAGGUAAGCAGUACCAGUAGUAGCUCUUCAGAGGCUGACGACGAAGAGGCGGAUGGCGAGAGCAGUGGGGAGCCGCCAGGAGCCCCAAAGCAAGACGUAGCUCUAAGCAAUGGGAGUCCCAGGAAAGAGGAGAGUAAAGUGGACAGUCCACCCCCAUCUUACCCUACUCAGCAGCCUGAACAAGCUCCGAACACUUGUGAAUGUCAUGUUUGUAAACAGGAAGCUUCCGGACUCACGGCAUCAGCAAUGACCGCAGGAGCCCUCCCCCCGGGCCAUCAGUUCCUGAGCCCAGAGAAGCCCACCCACCCUGCUUUGCAUCUUUACCCCCACAUCCACGGACACGUGCCUCUGCACGCAGUCCCACACCUGCCCCGCCCUCUCAUCCACCCCACCUUGUAUACGGCGCCCCCCUUCACACACAGUAAGGCUUUACCGCCAGCACCUGUUCAGAAUCACACAAAUAAGCAUCAGGUAUUCAAUGCAUCUCUUCAAGACCAUAUUUAUCCAAGCUGUUUUGGGAAUACUCCAGAGUGGAAUAGUUCUAAAUUUAUAAGUCUUUGGGGAUCAGAAGUGAUGAAUGAUAAGAACUGGAAUCCUGGCACUUUCUUGCCAGAUACAAUUUCUGGGAGUGACAUACUAGGACCAACACUCUCAGAAACAAGACCCGAAGCCCUUCCACCUCCGUCUAGCGGUGAAACGCCUGUAGUUUCCGAGAGCAAGGAGAAAAAAAACGCUGCAAAAAAGAAAUGCUUGUAUAAUUUCCAAGAUGCUUUCAUGGAAGCAAACAAAGUUGUGAUGGCCACGUCGUCAGCCACCUCCUCUGUGUCCUGCACGGCCACCACGGUGCAGUCCAGCAACAGCCAGUUCAAAGUGUCAUCCAAGAGGCCUCCUUCCAUAGGUGAGGUGUUCCACGGCGUCAACAAGGAGGACCACAGACACGCGGUGCCGGCCGCCCCGAGGAACAGCCCCACGGCCUUGGCGCCGCUUCCCGCCCUCGCCCCUGCCGCGCUCGCCCCGGCCUCCUCGCCUCACCUCGCAAGUCUUGCAGCCCCGUCCUUCCCCAACACUGCUGCCCCGUCCCCCGGGUUUGUGGAGCCGCGCAAGAGCUUCUGUCCUGCUCCGGGAGCCCCCCCGCCCCCCACAACCGAUGGCUCCAUCAGCGCUCCCCCCAGCGUCUGCAGCGACCCCGACUGUGAGGGCCACCGCUGCGAGAACGGCGUGUACGACCCGCAGCAGGACGACGGGGACGAGAGCGCCGACGAGGACAGCUGUUCUGAGCACAGCUCCAGCACGUCUACCUCCACCAACCAGAAGGAGGGCAAGUACUGUGACUGCUGCUACUGCGAGUUCUUCGGGCACGGCGGGCCUCCAGCUGCGCCGACAAGUAGAAAUUACGCAGAGAUGAGGGAGAAGCUCCGUUUGCGGCUGACCAAGAGGAAAGAAGAGCAGCCUAAAAAGGCGGACCAGCUCUCGGACAGAGAGAGUGUGGUUGACCAUCGAAGGGUGGAAGACUUGCUACAGUUCAUAAACAGCUCAGAGACCAAGCCCGUGAGCAGCACUCGAGCCGCCAAGCGAGCCAGACACAAGCAGAGGAAGCUGGAGGAGAAAGCUCGCCUGGAAGCAGAGGCCCGGGCCCGGGAGCACCUGCACCUCCGCGAGGAGCAGCGACGGCAGCAGGAGGAGGAGGAGUUUCAGCGGCUCCAGGAGCUUCAGAAGCUGAGGGCUGCGAAAAAGAAGAAGAAGGAGAGGCCAAGUAAAGACUGUCCCAAGUUGGACAUGCUUGCUAGAAACUUCCAGGCAGCAGCAGAGUCCGUGCCCAACUCUGAAAACAUGCACAAUGGCUCACUGGAGCAACUGGAAGAACCAGAAACCUCCUCUCCCUCUCCUUCCGGACAUGGGGACCACACGGAGCCCAGGCCAGGGCCGGCGGCCAACGGGGAUGCCGCCGGCCCCGCGGACUCCAGAGACUCCACGCUCCUCCUCCCGAAGGAGGCCAGUGCGAAGCGGCAGGAGCCACUGUCUUUUCUCCUUGACAUAAUGCAGCACCACAAGGAGGGGAACGGCAAGCAGAAGCUCAGACAGACCAGCAAGGCCAGCAGCGAGCUGCUGAGGAAGCCGGCCGAGCCCCCCAAAGCCUCCGAGGGCCAGCCCAGACCCCGGCCCCAGACCGAGUCAAAGGCGAAAGUGCUUGACUUCACUUCCCUGGCGGAGCACAAAAGGGACGACAGAAAAGUGAACAGUAACAACAACAACAGAAAGCAGCUGAACCACGUCAAGGAAGAGAGGUUGAAUCCGGCCCCCCCAGAGCCUGCCUCCCCCAGUGAGCACCCUCAGGACAGCAAGCUGGUACUGGCGGACUCUCCGCAGCCUAAGGGCAAGAGCAAGAAAAAUAGGAAGAAGAAAGGAGACAGAGUCAGCAGUUCAAUCGAUGAUGUCUUUCUGCCUAAAGAUAUCGACCUAGACAGCGUGGAUAUGGAUGAGACAGAGAGGGAAGUGGAGUAUUUCAAAAGAUUCUGUCUGGAUUCCGCUAGACAGACCCGACAAAGACUGUCCAUCAACUGGUCCAAUUUUAGCUUGAAAAAAGCCACUUUUGCUGCCCACUGAAUGAGGACCGC